ACAAUGAAGACAGGAUCAGACUUCCUAAUUUUGUUGUUGACUUGUUGACUUGUUGAAAUAGGCAGAAUGUGACGUUAUUCGAUCUUAAUGUUUCAUAUUAAUACGCUCAUAAAAUUGCACUUAUAAAACCAAGCGUCCUGUUAAGUUCUCAUUGCGUGAACCACUCUCGAGAGAGUUUCUUAGAGCAGACAGCCUUCGUUGUUGCAGUCCCAUGCAAAUGGCGUGCUUUUUCCUCGUCAUAUUCGUCCUACUAAGCGCUACAUCUGGCAGCCAUGUUCAUGAAAGCGACGAACAGAGAGAAAGAUCUGAGGAGGUCAUGGAUUUCACUGUUCACAUCAGCGAGGCUGGUGAAGAAUACAACGAGAAGAUCGAGGUGGACCCAAACAAACGAACAGAAUUGUUUCAAGUUCCCGCUCAUCCUGGAGUGGAUCGCAGCGACACGUUUCAUGAUUUCAAACAAAAUUUGACCAUGCUGCGAUUUCCGGAUGACAAGGUUUGCUAUGUCUUCCCUCUUCUAAACGAACAAUCGACGCCUGAGAAACUGAUAAAAGAUCUUGAGAAGGCCAAGCAGGUGGUUAUUACAGAGACCAGGCGGAUUGACACCACUUGGAUUGUUGAGGGUGAACUGACUGAUCGUUCUGCACUCAGUGAUGAGUUGGCACAUAUUUGUGCACAGUAUCCGAUAUACCACGUGAAAGAGGUACAGGAGACUCUGGAAGUAACAGGAAUCCGAACUAAAGAAAAAGGAAAUCGAAAGCGGAGGCAGAGUGGGAGUUCUCUAAACGGUGCUGCACUGUGCCCCGGGGGCAUGGACCUCAAUACAGCCUAUCAAAUAUGUUCCGAACCUAAAUCGAAGUGUAAGACCCGGUUGAGCUGUUCAAAAUCCGUCCGUUGUGGCCUUGCCCGACGCCGGCGUUUCAGCUUUUGGUGGGGUUUUGACCAUGACCGUCCCAGUCGAUCAAGUUGCUGGGAUGAACACACCACUAGACGUGUCACUGAAUGCUGUGAAUACUUCUGCGAGAACGCUGGAAACCCCAACAAUGGCACAGUAGAGAUUUUUGAACGGCUGUAACCAGCUUUAGAUCGGUAUCUCGUCACAGGGUACCCAUACAUCCAUUUGGAACAUGAAUAAAAGAUAAACUUACCUUU